AACAUAAUUUAACUUAUUUAAAAUGAACGGAUGGCUAACGUCAGUCAGCGACAGUCUCACGGAGCGCUCAUGAUGGUCAAUAACAAAUAUGCUGACGCAUAAAUUCUCCAACAACCUGUGUGGUUUUCAUAAAUGAAUAUUCUCGGUAUCAACUCUACGUAGCUUUGAUCGAAAUUAUCUCGUUAGUGUUGCUAAACAGGACUCAUUUUAUUGUGAAAGUGUAGUGGCGAAGAGAACAAUGGACUGCGGAAUUGGCACUCUUAUUGUUUUGUUGCACCUUUGUGUCCCAUUUGGGGAAGGUUCACCCAUGGAAUUUGGCGCGAACUCCGGACUGAGACGGUGCGGGAGGGUGUAUUUGACGGUGUCUUCGUCACAGGACACCAGUCUGGAACUUAACUGGAUCACGGACUGUGUCCACCCCGACAACCUCAAACCCGACUACGUAGCUUUGUACAACUACGACGUGAAAGACAGGAGUGAAGAAGCCCCUCCUCUAGUCAAAAUCCGCGCUUCUGACUUUUCGUCAGGCUACUACAAAACCAAGAUCAAGUUCGGCCACCCGUGGCUUCCUGGAAACUGGGAAUACCGGGAAACCCUGACCCGGGCAGACCCAGGCCCUCACUGUUUUCCCUACUGGAUUGCCUCGUUCAGAGGAAGUAAUAUAAUUGACACGAAGUGUCUAGGGAUACAACCGACGUGGAUGAAUGAUAAUAGGCUGCAAAUAGGGACGCAGAAAAUCGGCAACCUGUUCAUCCCAGGGACGCACAAUUCGGGAGCUUUCAACGGCGUGCCCAAAUUCCUGGAAAACUAUAUCCUCAACCAGGAUAGGAGCGUCUGGACGCAGCUGGUGCACGGAAUAAGGUACCUGGAUUUGAGAAUAGGGUACUACGAUGGCGAUGGCUUCUACGUCAACCACGACCUAGUCAGAAUAACCAAAGUGGCCCAGAUUUUCAAAGAAAUCAGGAAGUUCGUACAACUAGCGCCUAAAGAGAUCAUCGUGGUGGACUUCCAUCGGUUUCCGUACCCUUCCAAUUUUAACGCGACUUUGCACGAGAAGUUCGUCUCUCUGGUGUACGAUUAUUUGGGGGAUUUGGCGCUGCCUCCUGGUGGUCUUCAAGUGGGUAAAGGUCCCACGCUUAACGAAAUCUGGGCGCAGAAUAAAAACGUCAUUAUUUGUUAUGCCGACAAGGCGGUGGCUAGAGAAAACUAUUGGUUGUGGCAACCUCUCCAGCAACACUGGGCGGACACCAAGAACGUCGACAACCUCAAGAGUUUCCUGUCGAAGGCCAUCAAAGAGCACCGAGUGACCCUCAACCCCAUGUUCGCCCUAAUGGCCGAAUUGACCCCUCAACCCAUAGAUCUGUUAUUCAGGACUAACAACCUCAGAAAACUCGCCAACGACGUCAACCGGAAGUUGACCAUGUGGUUCCGGGACGAGUGGGCCCGUGACGUCAACAUCGUAGCCACCGACUACUUCCUAGGCAACGACGUCAUCAACGUAGCAAUCGACACGAACAUCAACCGAUAACCGUUCGUGAUGACUUUCACAUCGAGAAGAGAGCUCAGGGAUCGACAAGAGCACUUGUAAUUCAAACCACUUAACAAUUUUGUAAUUUUGUAAGCAGCCCCUUUCAAACGUCCCCCGUUU